AUGGCAUCUCUACCCCCCAACCCCCAAGGAGACCUCAUGAGAGCAGCAAACGUCAACAUGGCCGUCGCACAACCGACUAAGUCGAAGGCUGCUUCGAAGCAAAGCAACAAUGCCAACCCUAAAGCAAAGUCACAGAUGCACCGCCGUUCAAGAACAGGCUGCUAUACCUGCAGAUUACGACGAAAGAAGUGCGAUGAGGGCACUCCCAUGUGCACAGCAUGCAAGCAUCUCGGUCUUGAAUGUGAAUACAAGCGACCGAUGUGGUGGAGCAACAACGACUUGAGGCGACAUCACAAAGACAACAUCAAGACGAUCAUCAAGCGAAAGAAGCUCACCGAGAAGGCCUCCCACACCAUCCAGACCUCAGUUAGUUCGCCGCCUGGCUUGUCGCACUCCCUUCCUACCUCUGCGACCUUCUCGGACCCUCUGGAUCGAACGAGGUCGGCGUCAAUCGACUCGCAAUUCGCCUUCAACUUCAACAGCCCGCCCAAUGUACAGGACUAUGGGGCUUACAACCCACACAUACUCCCGUCGCAUUCCGACUUCAUGUUCAACAUGUCUCCCUACGAGAUUGACGUCAAGACCGAGCGACAAAUGUUUGUAAAUGACGUCCCUACCUUAAGGGAAUCAACAGUUUCAACCUUCAGCACUUUCCACACGCCACCGCCGCCAGGAACUGUCCUUCCGUCCUACCCCAUGGAAGGAGAAUGGGCCGAGCAAGUUUUCCAGGAACGUCGCGAGUCGCUAACUGAAGAGACAUUAAACUACAACUUUUUUGAUUUCUCGCACGGACUACCUACCAGCACCAGACAAGUCGAUAUCGAACUAGAUGAGAAUGACCAGCGACUACUAGAGCAUUUCAUUCAAUUCGUGUUGCCAACUAUCUUUCCCAUCUUAGAAACUAACCAACACGGCUCCGUCGGCUCUGACCUCAUCUUGCCUAACUUACAGAACAACAAGCCUUACCUUCACUGCUGUCUCAUGAUUGCAGCUCAACACUAUAAGGCAACAAUGAACGUCCAAGGAGAGGAGAUUGACAACGACAUCAUGCGACACCGACACGCUACCAUCGUCGCUCUUUGCGAAGCUCUAAACAAUGAUGAGAACCACCACCAGAUCCUCGAGGCAACUCUAGGUCUCAUCUUCUUCCAGUCCUGCGUUGGCCGAUAUGACGAUUCGCUCCCUGACAUUCCCUGGCACCAGCACUUCCAGGCCGUAAACUCUCUUGUCACGAAAUUGGAUCUGCCCCGAUUGGUUUCCGACUCGUGCGAGCAGCUCCCCCAAACGCCAUUUAACAUGACGUUGACCGCGUGGAUCGAUAUCCUAGGAGCAACUAUGCAAGGGAGAGCCCCAGUUUUUGCACACACCUACCGCGAAAAACAUCUGUCUACCACUAACCCAUUCCUUGGACUUCGCGAACUCAUGGGCUGCGAUGACCACAUCAUGUAUCUCAUUUCCGAAAUCGCCUGCCUCGAGGCCCUCAAGAAGGAAGGAAUGGAUGACAUUACCCUUUGCCAGCAUGUACACGCUCUUGGCGACCAGAUUGGGUUGACUGAAACCCAUGACAGCGCACCCAAGAUGCCCUUCAACGCCAAUGGCUCUCUUAGCCCGAAACAACUCAGCAAGAACAUCACCAGCGCCUUCCGAUUGGCAGCUCGCAUCUACCUAUGCAGCCUAGUUCCCGGCUUCUCCCCCAGCCAGGCUAGCUGUGUUGGCCUAGUUGAGAAGCUCACCACUGUGCUACAACUUAUUCCGUCCGGUGCCAGUGGCUUCGACCGAAGCCUCUCCUGGGUCUACCUGGUCGGCGGAUCCGUCAGCGGAAUGAACUCUAGCUUCAGACAAUUCUUCAACGACCGCAUCGCUCAGCUAGGCGAUGCUUCUAACUACGGCAGUUUUGGUGGCGUUGUCUCGCUACUACACGAGGUCUGGCAACAGGCCGACAACAGCCAGCCGAGUCCCAGUGCGAACGGGUCCACAGAAGCGCCCUACAUCUCCUGGAGAGACGUUAUGCAGAUGAGGGGAUGGGACUACCUGCUGAUCUAG